AUGGCAGCCUUGGGAAUUGACGAAGCAAAGAUUCUCCAAAUCUUGGAGAAUAAUAUCGAAGAUGUGGCAACCAAUAACAUUCGCGAAUCAAACGAAGAAUUCCUCAAUACUCUACACGGCUAUCUCGAUUGUCGUGCUCAGAUGGAUGCUGAAUAUAACAGGGUUGAUACAAAGCAGGAAUUGGCCAGCUUUGAAAUGGAGAGUGACUCGGGAGGAAUCGAAGAUGACACGCUGGAUGACAAGAAUAUGUACAAGUAUGAAUAUCAGCAGCAAUCGACGGAAUGGGAGCCUGUCAAGGAUAUCUGUGAAUUAUACGCAGCUGCUGAAAUGAUACGUCCGGUCUAUAUGGAAAAGGUGGAGUCACUAGUCGCCCAGGUAAAGGAGAUUCAUGGGGAAGGCUCAAAGAUCAAGAUCAAGAUUCCACCCCUCAAGGGCAAAGAACGGGCCAUGGCCAAAGCAGAAGAUGAUUACGGCAAUCGUGACCCGGGACCAGCAGUCUCUUGGUUGUACGACAUUGUGCGAGGUAGUGUUCUAUUUUCAUCAGCCGAUUGUCUCUUGACAUGCGUCCGCUUGAUCAAGGAGGAUGAAUCGAUUCACAUUGUCAAAUCCAAGAACCGAUUUGCCAAUCCGACACUGACAGGAUACCGAGAUUGGAAUCUGCAGAUCAAGAUUGAAGAGCCCGAGGAGGAGUUUGAACACGUUUGUGAACUGCAGUUGCAUCACGAAUCCAUCAAGGAAUUGUCAAUUUCUUCGCAUUCGCACCAUUACUACGAAUUUUUCAGGAAAUACUUUGCCGGAGCCACGGAUACUUUGACCGAUCGUUUGGAGGAUCUCAAAAUUGUUGCGGGUGGCGAUAAACUCGAUGGAGCGUUCUUGAACCAACUUCUUGAAGAAACAGGAGAUCUGGAGAGACUGAAACGGUUGGCGGAUCUUUUUGGUGAUUUUCUGUGCGAAUUUCAAUGGACCAACAAAGUGUACGCCAAAAUACUAAAACAGCAGUUGGCGGAUGCCUCCCAAGAAGAUAGUUUCAACAUUGCAAUGACAAUCAAUAACUUGGCAAACAACUUUCAGCAGCAGGGCAAACUGAAGGAGGCCUAUUCGAUGUACGAACAAGUCCUUCAACUUAACAAGACUGCUUUCGGUGAGGACCACGCAUCGAUUGCAGUUACGCUCACAAACAUGGCCAACGCAAAGUCAAGGCAAGGGAAAUCAGGUGAAGCGAUGGCUCUGUACCAAGAGUCACUGGAAAUGAAACAGAGGAAUCUUGGUCACGAUGAUUCUUCGGUCGCCGAAACGUUGAACAAUGUUGGCAACGCCCUGCACAAGCAAGGGAAGUGGGACGACGCCAUGGCCAAAUACAAAGAAGCGCUGGAAAUCUACAGUGGUACCCUUGGCGAAGACUCAUCUUCUGUUGCAGUGACAACCAGCAAUAUGGCAAACGUCUUGAAGAGCAAGGGUGAAUUGGAUGGAGCCAUGGAAAAAUACCAAGAGGCAUUGGAAAUCUACAAGAGGACACUGGGUAUGGACCAUGCAUCAGUCGCGGUGACACUCAAUAACAUGGGAAACAUUAUGGAAGAAAAGAACAGUAUGGAUGAGGCCAUGCAUUUUUACGAACAGGCUCUGAGUAUCAAAAAGCAGACAAUGGGCGAGGAGCACUCGUCUGUUGCAGCCACCCUGAACAAUAUCGCGGCAAUUCUUCAAAAACAAAAAAAGUUUAACGAGGCCAUGGCGAUCUACAAAAGCGUUGUCAAGAUUUAUAGCAAAACGGUCGGAGAAGAUCACCCCAAUGCAGCCAUAACGGUGAGCAACAUGGCGAAUAUUCUCAAGCUUCAAGGGAAGGUGGACGAGGCCAUUUCCCGGUAUCAGCAAGCCCUUGUCAUCAAACGAAAGGCGUAUGGCGAGGAACAUGCUUCCGUUGCAAUCACGAUAAACAACAUUUCCACCCUACAAGAAGCCCAAGGGAGACUGGAGGAGGCGUUGUCUUCUUCCAGAGAAGCACUUGUGAUCUUCCAGAAAACAGUUGGGGACGAACAUGCGCAUACUGCACUGGUGAAGAAGCGAAUUACUAGAUUGGAGAGCAAGAUUGGAAAGUGA